AUGAAAGUACUACGAUUAUUUUACUUGAUAAUCACAUUCCUGAUGUGCACUUUUGCACACGAAGAAGUCCUUAGUAAUUCAGAUUCCACUGAAAGAGAACCACAACAACCGCAGCAUACAAAUAAUUGGGCGGUAAUUGUGUCAACUUCUCGAUUUUGGUUCAAUUACAGGCACAUGGCUAACGCCUUAUCACUAUAUCGUACAGUCAAAAGGUUAGGUAUUCCGGAUUCUCAGAUCAUUUUGAUGUUAAGUGAUGAUAUUGCAUGUAACCCGAGGAAUGCCUUUCAAGGCGAAGUUUUCAACAAUGCAGACCGACAAUUAGAACUAUACGGUGACAACGUCAAAGUUGAUUACAGAGGAUAUGAGGUAACUGUUGAAAACUUUAUUCGUUUAUUGACAGAUAGAUGGCCUAAGGAGCAACCAAGAAGUAAAAGAUUAAUGACAGAUGAAAACUCAAAUAUAUUUAUAUAUCUUACAGGUCAUGGAGGUGAUGAAUUCUUGAAAUUUCAGGAUGCCGAAGAAAUCUCAAGCUAUGAUAUUGCAGACGCAAUAGCUCAAAUGCAUGAAAUGAAACGUUACAAUGAAAUAUUUUUAAUGAUUGACACAUGUCAGGCAAAUACAAUGUACUCGCAGAUUUAUUCUCCAGGUGUCAUAGCAUGUGGUUCUAGUGAUCUUCAUGAGUCUUCAUAUUCCCAUCAUUCUGAUAUGGAAAUAGGGGUUGCUGUUAUUGAUCGAUUUACCUACUUCACUUUGGAAUUUUUGGAGAAUGUAACCACAACUUCAAAAGCGACACUUCAAGAUUUGUUUGACUACUAUACUUUUGAUAAGAUACAUUCGAACGUUGGUGUUAUGACUGAGCUUUUCAAUAGGGAUCCAAAUGAAGUACUGAUAACGGAUUUUUUCGCCAAUGUUCAAAAGACUGUUAUUGAUGAACCUGAUGAAGACUAUGUCUAUGUUUAUGAUGGCGAUAUCAAUGAUUACCCCAACGAAGGAAUAGAUUCUGAAUUUGAAACGUUUCACCAUAUUAAAAAUACAAAACAGCAAAAUAAAUCAAACAAUCAUAUCAUCAAACUUAAUGUUCCUAAAGAAGAACAUAAUAUCAUUUCAUAUGCAAUUACUGCUUCAGUCAUCGGGUUGUUCAUCUAUGGAUAUAAUAGUUCCUAA